AUGACAGAUUCAACACCUUUAAGGACAAUUAAGGAAGUGCAGUUCGGGCUAUUGAGUCCAGAAGAGAUUAAAAGCAUUAGUGUUUGUAAGAUAGAGUAUCCAGAAACCAUGAAUUUUCAGGAUAAAAAGGCUAAAGAAGGAGGUCUCAACGAUCCUAGAUUAGGCUCUAUAGACAGGAAUUUCAAGUGUCUUACUUGUAGUGAGGAUAUGAGCAGUUGUCCAGGUCACUUCGGACACAUUGAGUUAGCUAAACCUGUAUUCCACAUUGGAUUUAUUGCCAAAAUCAAAAAAACAUUAGAAUCUGUCUGUUUAGACUGUGGUAAGUUACUAUUAGAUGCAUCUAAUCCUCAAAUGGCACAAGCUAUUAGAAUUAGAGAUCCUAAAAAACGUUUUCAUGCAGUGUGGUCAUUAGCCAAGACUAAAAUGAAGUGUGAAACUGAAGAUGGGUGUGGGCAUGUUCAACCUCUGAUUAGAAGAGAUGGUUUAAAGUUAUAUGGUACUUGGAAAGCUAAUAAAGAUGAAGAACAACCAGAGAAAAGAUUAUUAACUCCUAGUGAAAUUUUAAAUGUUUUUAAACAUAUUUCAAGUGAAGAUGCUCAAAAUCUUGGAUUUAAUGAAGAUUAUGCUAGACCAGAAUGGAUGUUAAUAUCUGUUUUACCUGUACCACCACCACCAGUACGUCCAUCAAUUGCGUUUAAUGAAACAGCUAGAGGAGAAGAUGAUUUAACUUUUAAAUUAGCUGAUAUUUUAAAAGCAAAUAUAAAUGUAUCUAGAUUAGAAUUGGAUGGAUCUCCUCAACAUGUUAUACAAGAAUUUGAAGCUUUAUUACAAUUUCAUGUUGCUACUUAUAUGGAUAAUGAUAUUGCAGGUCAACCUCAAGCUUUACAAAAAACUGGUAGACCAAUUAAAUCAAUUAGAGCAAGAUUGAAGGGUAAAGAAGGUAGAUUAAGAGGGAAUUUAAUGGGUAAAAGAGUUGAUUUUUCAGCUAGAACUGUUAUUAGUGGUGAUCCAAAUUUAGAUUUAGAUCAAGUUGGUGUACCUAUAUCAAUUGCAAAAACUUUAAGUUAUCCAGAAAUUGUUACACCGUUUAAUAUUCAUAAAUUAACAGAAUAUGUAAGAAAUGGUCCAAAUGAACAUCCUGGUGCUAAAUAUGUUAUUAGAGAUACAGGAGAUCGUAUUGAUUUAAGAUACAACAAAGGAAAUUUAGCUUUACAAUACGGUUGGAAAGUUGAACGUCAUCUUAUGGAUGAUGAUCCUGUUUUAUUUAAUAGACAACCUUCCUUACAUAAGAUGAGUAUGAUGGCCCAUAGGGUUAAGGUAAUGCCGUAUUCAACAUUUAGAUUAAACUUAUCAGUUACUUCACCUUAUAAUGCUGAUUUUGAUGGUGAUGAAAUGAAUUUACAUGUACCACAAUCAUCAGAAACUAGAUCUGAAUUAUCGCAAAUUUGUGCUGUUCCAUUACAAAUUGUUUCUCCACAAUCUAAUAAACCAGUUAUGGGAAUUGUUCAAGAUACUUUAUGUGGUAUUAGAAAAAUGACCCUAAGAGAUAUCUUUAUAGAUUAUGAUCAAGUUAUGAAUAUGUGUUAUUGGAUUCCAAAUUGGGAUGGUGUUAUUCCACCACCAGCAAUUAUAAAACCAAAACCUUUAUGGUCAGGUAAACAAUUAUUAUCAUUGGCAAUUCCAAAAGGUAUUCAUUUACAAAGAUUUGAUGGAGGUAGAGAUUUAUUAAGUCCUAAUGACUCAGGUAUGUUAAUUGUUGAUGGAGAAAUUAUGUUUGGAGUUGUUGAUAAAAAAACAGUUGGUGCAACAGGUGGUGGAUUAAUUCAUACUGUAUUUAGGGAAAAAGGACCACAAGUUUGUGCACAAUUAUUUAGUAGUAUUCAAAAAGUUGUAAAUUAUUGGCUAUUACAUAAUGGAUUUUCAAUUGGUAUUGGUGAUACAAUUGCAGAUUCAGCAACAAUGCAAGAUAUAACUAAAACAAUUCAAGAAGCAAAAGCAAAAGUUCAAGAAAUUAUUAUUGAUGCACAACAUAACAAAUUAGAACCAGAACCAGGUAUGACUUUAAGAGAAAGUUUUGAACAUAAUGUAUCAAGAGUAUUAAAUCAAGCAAGAGAUACAGCUGGUAGAUCUGCAGAAAUGAGUUUAAAAGAUUUAAAUAAUGUUAAACAAAUGGUUACCUCUGGUUCUAAAGGUUCAUUUAUUAAUAUAUCACAAAUGAGUGCUUGUGUUGGUCAACAGAUUGUUGAAGGUAAAAGAAUUCCAUUUGGAUUUGCUGAUAGAUCAUUACCACAUUUUACAAAAGAUGAUUAUUCACCUGAAUCAAAAGGUUUUGUUGAAAAUAGUUAUUUAAGAGGUUUAACACCUCAAGAAUUCUUUUUCCAUGCAAUGGCUGGUAGAGAAGGUUUAAUUGAUACUGCUGUUAAAACUGCAGAAACUGGUUAUAUUCAAAGAAGAUUAGUUAAAGCUUUGGAAGAUAUUAUGGUUCAUUAUGAUGGUACUACAAGAAAUUCUUUGGGUGAUAUUAUUCAAUUUAUCUAUGGGGAGGAUGGUAUCGAUGCUACACAAGUUGAAAAACAAUCUGUUGAUACUAUACCCGGUAGUGAUGAAGCAUUUGAAAAAAGAUAUAGAAUUGAUUUAUUAGAAGAUAAUUUUGAAGGUAUAAUUGAAUCUGGUAAAGAAAUUCAAGGUGAUGUUGAAUUACAAAAAAUAUUAGAUCAGGAAUAUCAACAAUUAUUAGAUGAUAGAAAAUACCUUCGUGAAGUUUGUUUUCCAAAUGGUGAUUUUUCUUGGCCUUUACCUGUUAAUUUAAGAAGAGUUAUACAAAAUGCACAACAAAUUUUCCAUUCUGGUAGAUAUAAAGCAUCAGAUUUAAAAUUAGAUGAAAUUGUAUUAUCUAUUAAAGAAUUGUGUAAAAAAUUAUUAGUUGUUAGAGAUAAUCAAGAAGCUCAAGAUAAUGCAACAUUACUUUUCCAAUGUUUAUUAAGAUCAAGAUUAUCAGCAAAAAGAGUUGUUUCUGAAUUUAAAUUAAAUUCAUCAUCUUUUGAAUGGGUUUUAGGUGAAGUUGAAUCCCAAUUUCAAAAGUCAGUUGUUCAUCCUGGAGAAAUGGUUGGUGUUGUUGCUGCUCAAUCAAUUGGUGAACCAGCUACUCAAAUGACAUUAAAUACUUUCCAUUAUGCUGGUGUUUCAUCUAAAAAUGUUACUCUUGGUGUUCCUAGAUUAAAAGAAAUUUUAAAUGUUGCUAAGAAUAUUAAAACACCUGCAAUGACUGUUUAUUUAAAUCCAGAAAUUGCUUCUGAUAUUGAAAGGGCAAAACAAAUUCAAUCACAAAUUGAACAUACAAGUUUAAAAAAUGUUACAUCUUCUACUGAAAUUUAUUAUGAUGAAGAUCCAAAAACAACUAAAAUUGAUGAAGAUUAUGAUACAGUUGAAGCAUAUUUUGCAAUUCCUGAUGCUGAAAUUGAUGAAUCUAUAGAUAGACAAUCUCCAUGGUUAUUACGUUUAGAAUUAGAUAGAGCUAAAAUGUUGGAUAAACAAUUGGUUAUGGCUCAAGUUGCACAAACUAUAAAAGAUAAUUUUAAAGAAGAUUUAUUUGUUAUUUGGUCUGAUGAUACAGCUGAUAAAUUAAUAAUUCGUUGUAGAGUUAUUAGAGAUCCAAAAUUACUUGAUGAAGAUGAUGCAGAAGAAGAUCAAUUAUUAAAACGUAUUGAAGCUCAUAUGUUGGAAUCAAUUUCAUUAAGAGGUAUUCCAGGUAUAACAAAAGUUUUUAUGAUGCAACAUAAAACUUCAUUUGUUGAUGAAACUGGUGAAUAUAAACAAGGAAAAGAAUGGGUUUUAGAAACUGAUGGUGUUAAUUUAGCAGAUGUAAUGGCAGUACCUGGUGUUGAUUCUACAAGAACUUAUUCAAAUGAUUUUAUUGAAGUUUUAAGUGUAUUAGGUAUUGAAGCAACUAGAUCAGCAUUGUUUAAAGAAAUUUUAAAUGUUAUUGCAUUUGAUGGUUCUUAUGUUAAUUAUAGACACAUGGCAUUAUUAGUUGAUGUCAUGACAUCCAGAGGACAUUUGAUGGCAAUAACUCGUCAUGGUAUUAAUCGUUCUGAUACUGGUGCAUUAAUGAGAUGUUCAUUUGAAGAAACUGUUGAGAUUUUAUUAGAUGCUGCUGCAUCCGCUGAAUUAGAUGACUGUAGAGGAAUUUCAGAGAAUGUUAUGUUAGGACAAAUGGCACCUUUAGGUACUGGUUCAUUUGAUGUAAUGGUUGAUGAUUCAAUGUUGAAAGUAGAACAAGUUGAAUAUGAAGAAGGUGGUAAUACUCCUUAUCAAAUUGAAGCAAUUGAUGAAAAUGUUGCAAUUAGUGAAUCUGCAUUUUCUCCAUUACAAACUUAUGAAGAUAAAUCUGGUGGUUUAACUACUUAUCAAGCAACAUCACCAUUCAAUUAUGGAGCAGGUGCAACUAGUCCUUUGACGUUUGGAGGUGUUCAAAGUCCUUAUAAUUCUGGUAAUGUCAGUCCAAAUUUUGCUGUAAGUCUGCCAGCGUUUUAUAGUCCUACCAGUCCGUCAUUCGCAGCAUCUCCUUCAUUCAAUGCAUCUAAUCAAUCCCCAAGUUAUCAAUCACCAGUUCUGCCAAGUUAUGAAAGAAUUGUUCAAUCACCAAAUUCUUAUAAUCCAAAUUCUUACAGUCCUAGCUCGCCAGCUUUCAAUCAGCUGCCAAGCUAUUCGCCUUCUGAUAAUGCUAAUCAAUUCCUGCCAGUUAGUCCUAUGUUUUCGCCUUAUUCUGGUUCUCAAAAUCAUCAAAAUCAACAAAAUCGUCAAAAUCAAAAUCCAAACGACCAACUAUCACCUCUGUCCCCAUCCUGGAGCCCUACAAGCCCACAAAUGAUGCAAUAUUCACCAUCUGAAUCAGUUAGAAGUCCAGAAUAUAAUCCUGAAAGUCAUUAA